AGUCCCAGUCCAGCUACCUACCUCUCGCAAUUCUUUGCUAAGCAACCAGGCCUCGAAAACUAUACUCCCUUCAACACCCUUUCCAACAUGGAGGAAGACCAUGAGGCGACCUACCGAAUCGGUCCUCAUGAAAUAUAACGAGAUCCGCCAUACUGCCUGUUACUCGAGAGGGAAAAUUGCUGACAUUUUGACCUGUUCAGCCUCACAACUCCAAGCACCUCGGCGGUUUCCCAGUGGGAAAUGAUUCACAACAGUAGCUCGUUUGGAGCGCACCCUAUCACUAGCGAACUCUUUGAAAAUGCCAACGAAGCGCCCAUGAUAGAUCCAGCAGUGCUAGGAGACACAUGGAGUCAAAUGAAGGCUUGGGCCACUUUAUGUGGCCUCAAAGAUGAUCCCAUAGCACCUGGUAUAGCUGAGAUGCUGGAAAUCGAGGAGCAAGAAAGUGGAGAUGGCGGCUUCUGUUGCUACGGGACUCCAUGCCGAAGUGAAGCUGGUUGGUAACCUGGCCGAGUCCAGGGACAGGCUUCUGAAUAACGAGCAUGUUCAGUCAUUUGCUGUCAUCAAACACGACGACUACUUGAUGCUCAUAUUCUCAGAUAAUCACAUAUUCGCCCAGGUUCAAGUUUUCGAAGUGAAGGCGUUUUCCCAAAUAGGGAAAAUACAGAGCCUCUUUGACCAGUCACACACUCCUGGCCAGGCAAAGCUACGAGUGGACAUCAACAUAUACGGAUCUGCUGCCGAUGCCGAUGCCGUAGGGCUUUAUCUCGGCAGCACUUCCAAGCUGUACCUUCAAGACCCCGAAUAUGGCACCGAAAACAUCGAGUAUCUGAACAGGCAGUUGAUUCACUUCCCCGGUUUUGAAGAACCUAAAGUCUUUGCCGGGCCCGGGGCGGAUUUUGCUAACAAGACCAGCAAAGCCUUGCAGGGUUUACCUCAACAGCAAUCUCGUCUUCACUACAUACAAUACGGUGGCGGUUAG